UGCACUCUCAGUCUCGCCAUGUUGAAGUUAGAAUGGCCUGCAUUCGCUAUCUUCGAGAGAACAGAGAGAAAUUUGAAGAGUUUAUAGAAGGGUCAUUUGAAGAAUAUUUAAAACGUUUGGAAAAUCCACAGGAAUGGGUUGGACAAGUGGAAAUAAGUGCCCUUUCUCUUAUGUACAGGAAGGAUUUUAUAAUUUAUCGAGAACCAAAUGUUUCUCCUUCACAAGUAACUGAAAAUAAUUUUCCUGAAAAGGUAUUACUGUGUUUUUCAAAUGGAAAUCAUUAUGAUAUUGUCUAUCCCAUAAAGUAUAAAGAAAGCUCAGCUAUGUGUCAGUCUCUCCUUUAUGAAUUGCUGUAUGAGAAGGUCUUUAAAACUGAUGUAAGUAAAAUCUUGAUGGGACUAGACUCCUCUGAAGUCCCUGAUGAAAACAACAGUGAUAUAUCGGAUUCAGAGGAUGAAAAUUGCAAGAUGAAAUCUACCACUUCUAAUGAUGUGAAUGGAUUUAAAACUUUGUCAGGCAAUCAGACUCUGAAGAACAGUGGGAACUCCACUAGUCCUCCUUUGUCUACAAAGGUUCUUAAAUCACUCAAUCCAGCAGUCUAUAGAAAUGUGGAAUAUGAAAUUUGGCUCCAGUCUAAACAAGCUCAACAAAAACGUGAUUAUUCCAUUGCUGCUGGCUUACAGUAUGAAGUUGGAGAUAAAUGUCAAGUUAGGUUAGAUCACAAUGGAAAAUUUUCUAAUACAGACACUCAAGGGGCUCAGUCUGAGAAUGGACCAGUUUUGGUUGAAGAAGCUGGAAAGAAGUACUCAACAAAGAACCUCAAGCCACCUCCCUCAGAAAGCUGGAACACAGUAUCAGGGAAAAAGAUGAAAAAACUUUCCAACUCUGGACAAAAUUUCCAUUCUGACAUGGAUUACAGAGGGCCAAAGAAUUCAAGCAAGCCAGUAAAAGCCCCAUCAGCACUACCUCCUCGACUGCAGCAUCCUUCUGGAGUAAGACAGCAUGCAUUCACUAGUCAUUCUUCAGGAUCACAGUCUCAGAAAUCCUCCAAUGAGCACAAAAGUCUUAGGACACCUGCACAGAUCAUAAGAAAAUCUGAUCGUGAGAAAACAGAAGAUUUUGAUCAUACAAGUCGAGAAUCUAACUAUUUUGGCCUCACCCCUGAAGAACGCAGAGAAAAGCAAGCAAUAGAAGAAUCUCGUUUACUUUAUGAGAUUCAGAACAGAGAUGAACAAGCUUUCCCAGCCCUUUCUAGCUCUUCAGUCAUUCAGUCAGCGCCUCAGGCUAGCAACCCGUGUGUCCAACGAAAGUCAUCACAUGUUAAUGAUAGGAAAGGAAACAGACGGAGAAUGGAUCCUGAAGAACGAAAAGAUAAAGAUCCUAUCCAUGGUCAUAAUCACUUGGAUAAGAAACCUGAACCAACCAUGUCAGAGAAUAUCAGUGGUGAUAAAUGUGCAAGAGUUUCAUCGCCAUCAAAAUCAAAGAAAUUAGAGUACCCAUCUCCUGUAGAACAAAAGCCAGCAGAACAUGUGUCUUUGUCAAAUCCACCUCCGCUUCUAGUUUCUCCAGAGGUACAUCUAACUCCUGUGGUGCCUUCUUUACCAGCCACUGUGCCAGCCUGGCCAAGCGAACCUGCAACUUUUGGACCAACAGGUGUUCCUGCUCAAAUUCCUGUUUUGUCAGUGACACAGACUUUGACCACUGGACAUGAUUCUGUUGUGUCACAAGCUCAGUUAACACCCUCUCCAGUCCCUGUGUCAAUACAGGCAGUUAACCAGCCCUUAAUGCCUUUGCCUCAGACAUUGGGCAUUUACCAGGACCCACUCUAUCCUGGUUUUCCUUGUAAUGAAAAGGGAGAUCGAGCCAUUGCACCACCUUAUUCACUGUGUCACACUGGGGAGGACUUGCCUAAAGAUAAGAACAUUCUCAGAUUCUUCUUCAAUCUUGGUGUGAAAGCAUAUAGUUGUCCGAUGUGGGCUCCACAUUCUUACCUGUAUCCUUUGCACCAAGCCUACCUGGCAGUCUGCAGGAUGUACCCAAAGGUCCCUUUUCCUGUUUAUCCUAAUAGUCACUGGUUCCAAGAAGCUCCUACUCAGAAUGAAGGUGAUUGUACCUGUGCAGAUGCACACUUUCCUAUGCAGCCUGAGACCAGUGUUAAUGGUCAGAUGCCACCAGCAGAGAUUGGAACACCAACAUUUUCGUCACCUCUGGUUAUUCCUCCAUCUCAGGUGUCUGAAAGCCAAGGAGAGUUGUCUUACCAGCCUGAUCUGGAUUCUGAGAACCCUGGUCAACUUAUUCAUGCUGAAUAUGAAGAGUCACUGAGUGGCAAGACUAUGUUCCCACAGCCGUCCUUUGGACCUAACCCAUUCUUAGGCCCAGUUCCCAUUGCACCUCCUUUCUUUCCUCAUGUUUGGUAUGGGUACCCCCCAUUUCAGGGAUAUGUGGAAAAUCCAGUAAUGAGACAGAAUAUUGUCCUGCCUUCUGAUGAGAAAGAAUUGGAUUUGCCCCUGGAAAGUCUGGACCUGUCUAAAGAGAGUGAUUCAGUGUCAGUGAAUGCGUUUCAGGAGGCUGGGGAUGAAGUUGCACCUCCUCUCCCAGAAGCAGCUAUGACCACUAAGCAUGAAGGCCGAGUGGAGCAGUCCUCCCAGACACCAAAGGCAGACCUGGCUUUGGCUUCCACUCCUCCAGUAUCAGAGGGAAAGGCUCAUCUUCCAACUCAUAUUUUAAAUAGAGAGAGAGGAACCAUUGUUGAACCUGAACCUAAAAGGACCAUUCCAAGUUUGAAAGAAAAAACAGAAAAAGUGAAAGAUCCUAAGACUAGUCCUGAUGUGGUUAGCCCUGGGGCCAACUCAGUGGACAACAGAGUGCAAAGACCAAAAGAAGAGAGUUCAGAAGAUGAAAAUGAAGUGUCUAAUAUUUUAAGAAGUGGCAGAUCCAAGCAGUUCUAUAAUCAAACUUUUGGAGGCAGGAAAUUCAAAAAUGAUUGGGGCUAUUCAGGUAGAGGAGGGUAUCAACAAGCAAGAGGGGAAGAAUCCUGGAAAGGGCAGCCCAGCAGAAACCGGGAUGAAGGUUACCAGUACCAUCGUAAUGCCAGAGGACGACCCUUCAGGGGAGAUAGGAGGAGGUCAGGGAUGGGAGAUGGCCAUCGGGGACAGCACACUUGAUAAUUGUUACGUGAGUGUUGUAGAGCAGACACCUUGAGGGGGGAAUGUUUUUGGAGGCGUUUAACAACAUAUUAAAAUAAAAUCCAGAUUGAAACUAUCUCCUCCUCUCCCCCUUGACCUUCACUCCCCUCCUGGACAAGAAAUUUUGGACAUAAAUUAGAAGGGCAGAUGAAUUCCUGGUAUUGCCAUUUUUCUUCACUCAGAAUGUGUUUAUCGGGUAACUGCCCCCAUAAAAAGUAGGAAAUAAGUUUGUUAAAGUAUUUUUUAUAAACAGCUUAAUAUAAAACAUAGAUUUAGUGUUUGGUUUUUUCCUUGUAUAAUAUGUUUGACUUCAAAUGUUGGAAAAGUGUGUUUUAUAUAGUGUUUAUUAAAGUGACAAGAAAUGUACCAUUUGACACACUAUAGAUUCCAAAACAUAACAUUGCACCAAAUAGAAAUGUCUAUUUUAUUAUUCAAUGCCUUAGUCAUAAACUGGGCUCAAACAAUU